AUGCUAGAGAACAGUCCGUACAUCACGUGGGACCCAUUCCACUCUGCGGUGACUGUGAUAGAGAAUGUUAUAGCUAGGUCUAGAGAAUUGAGUGCAAUGUCACCGAUGCUCCCUGAAGACGGUAGUACUAUGCAGGCCUUUUUGAUGCGUAAGGAACGACGGUACAUCCAGAUGGGAAUGGGGACCAGCAACUGGGGGAACGCACCUAUCGACCGUCUUGUGGGUCCGGCUCUAACUUAUUGGAUGUACCUACAGCGAACUAUCGACCUAAGCGACUGGGCGACUGCACAACGCCGGCUUCUGGAAUGCUUCGACAAAACAAUGUCGCAGAGUCAACUGCUGACGGAGUUGGCUAUAGUACGGUGGAAUGGAAACACUAAAGAGUAUACGGACCAAUUUGCGGCUGUAGCGGAGCGUGAAGUUGGGGUCGCCCCCGACGAACUCGCUGACUCCUACUGCGCUGGGCUACCAACUGACCACCAUCUUCUCAUUAGAAAUAAUGGGCUGGUGAAGUAUACUUCCUGGGAACAAGCGGCGACAGCAGCAGCGCGACUCUAUGAAUCUAUGCAGACCGUGCUAGAGCUACGAGAAGGGGCUAAUCAAGCCAUAAGAGCUGCUACUGAGGCAACUGAAACUCAGCGGAAGCAGAAAAAUGGAACUAGGCCUGGAGAAAACACCGGGAGCUGCUACGAGCGCCAGGGUCGUGGACACCCGGCACGAGUUUGUCCCAGCAAAGAGGAACGAACCAAGCGCCCGGGAGAGACCUGCAAGAAGUGUGGAGGUCUGGAACACUAUGCUCGUGAUUGUCCUACACACCACCGAGGCCGUGCCGAGCCGGAAAACAAGAGCAGCGUGGUUGGAGACGAGCGUUCUAGGCCUCGUAGCCAUGGCAAAGGGAUGAUGUGUCCGGUAGCGACAGGACCUAAUGCCAUUCCAGUCUCCCUGGAGCGGGGGAACCGCCUCCUCAAGACGGUGGAGAAAAACAAAAUGAGCGAUGAGGUCGUGCAGGGGACUCAGCCGGUUGGAGUCUGGCCCGGCGCCGCUGCGGAGAGAGGAGGCUCCGAGCGAGAAGACGGAUAG